CAUACAGACGGGACACAAUAGUGUUAAAUGAUCUGCACCCACAUGCAUAUACACACCGACACACUCCUUGUCAAGUUCAAUGAUUAACUGCAAAGAUAAAGAGAAGGCAGUUCUGCUUAGACUGCAAAGAGGGAGAUUGGAGCUAGAAACACAGGGGCAUUGGAAAACGACAGGAAAGACAAGUCAAUCCACUUAACUGCUGCUCAUUUUACACUGCACAAAUCUUUCUUACAUGGAGGAGAGUGUUGGACAGCCUAGGAAGAUUGAACUAAAUGAUGGCACAUACAUGCCACUACUGGGACUGGGAACAUGGAAGCCAGAGACCACUCCUCCGGAUAUGUGUCAGAGGGCAGUCGAGGCAGCGAUCGCUGCUGGAUAUCGGCAUAUAGACACGGCCUACAGCUACCGGGUCGAGGUAGAGGUGGGGAAGGCCAUCCAGUCCAUGAUACAGCAGGGCAUCAUCAGACGCCAAGACAUGUUCAUCGUCAGUAAACUGUGGUGUACCCAUCAUGCUCCUGAAGACAUUCCUGUAUGCUUAAAUAAAUCUCUGAAGGACCUUCAACUUGACUACCUGGACCUAUACCUAAUACACUUUCCAGUAGGACUGAAGAAAGUAGGUGAUGAGCUUUUCCCAGAAAAAGAUGGAAAGAUCCUCACAACUGACAUUGACUAUGUUGAUGUGUGGAAGGGAAUGGAAGCUCUGAAAGCCACCGGAAAGGUGAAAAGUAUCGGUGUGUCUAACUUCAGCACCGAGCAGCUGGAGAGAUUACUACCCGUGGCCAAAAUCCCACCCGCUGUCAAUCAGGUGGAGCUCCAUCCUUACUUGGUUCAGUCAGAUCUGAUUGAGUACUGUAAGUCCAAAGACAUUGCUUUAACAGCCUACAGUCCAUUUGGUUCACCUGGAAGACCUUCAGAAUAUCAAAGAGGAGAUACAGAUCCCAUGGAGUUACUGCAGGACCCUGUUGUUGGGGAUGUUGCCAAAAAGCACAAACGGUCCCCUGCGCAGAUUCUGUUGCAGUAUCACGUUCAACAGGAAAUUGCUGUGAUCCCGAAGAGUAUGAAACCCCACCACAUUUUAGAGAACACCAAGAUCUUUGAUUUCACUCUGGAUGAAGAGGAUAUGAAUGCUCUCAGGUCUCUGAAUCGAGGCUGGAAGGCCUGCAUCAUAACACAAUUGGAAUCGCAUCCAUUCUACCCCUUCAAGUGAAAUGCUCUUGGUCUUGAAUAACCAAGAACCCACCUAGAAAAAGAAAAUGACCAAGCACUUCUGGAGUCUGGAGUAAAUAAGACAAAACUUUUUCAAUUGCUAGAUUCAGGCAUUUAUAUGUGUAUAGCUGAACUGUGACAAUAUUUUUGAGAAAUGAUAACAGAUGUCAUUAUUGUAACUUAAUUUGGUUAAAAUAAAGCAUUAAGGCACAU